CCAGUCAGUCCCACCUUGUCCGCCGCCGGCGUCUUCUACCUCUCCUCCGCCGCCGGCGCCCCGGAGCCCCACCGGGAAAGGCGAUGGAUGAAAGCCGAUGCAGCCGCAACAGAAAAGGCAAAGGGCGUUACCGCUCUGAAGCAGCCCGUGAUAAGGAACGUAGAAUUACGGCUCUUCAAACCAAGGGGUAUGAUAGUGAUGAGCAACGGGACCACUGUGCGCAGUUCCUCGACCACUUGGAAAGGCAUGCAGCUCCACCAUCUGCUGCCCAAGCACUAGGCGAUCUUGCAGCCCCAGACCCUCAACCUCCAGCACAGCCUGCAAUGGCUCCACCUAAUGUCCCCAAUCCUCCUCCUGAAAUGGCUGCCCCAGUUGUCCCACCAGAGGUGCCACCCCCUCAUCCACCGGCUGUCUGAGGCCUGACUGUUGAUACCAUCGUGAGAGUGUAAUGGAAGUUUUAAUUGUCUUUCGAUGACCAAAGUAACUGAAUAGUGGUCAACGUCUCUAUCUGCUGCUGACUGCAUAGCCUGGUCGGGGGUUAUAGCAUCUCCAACUGUUUCUGGAGUUUGAUUUUGUAAUAUCUGCCACUAUUUCUGGAGUUUGAUUUAGCUACUGCUGCAGUGGAUGCUUAUUAGUUGGAAUAUUAUUGGUUGU